UUCUUAAUUUUUGAUGAUUCGCUAGCUCGAGCCUAGCUAUAUAGUAUUGGAAGAAGCAGCAGCAGCAGCCUCAGAUCAUAGCGACGAGCUAGAAGUGAGAACUGAGAAGCGAGCUAGCCAGCUAGGAGUAAGAGAGCUGAUCGAUCAGGGAGCUGAGGAAGAAGAGAGAGGAUAGUAUCGUACGUAGAUGGCGUCGGAGAAGGUGGAGACGAUCGUGGCCGGGAACUACAUGGAGAUGGAGAGGGCCGGCAGCGGUGAGGCCAGCGACGGUGCCGGAGACGAUCAAGCCGGCGGCACGGCAAAGGCGUCGGCGUCGAGGAGGGGCGGCGGCAAGGCGCUGUCGAGCCUGUUCUGGCACGGCGGGUCCGUGUACGACGCCUGGUUCAGCUGCGCGUCGAACCAGGUGGCGCAGGUGCUACUGACGCUGCCCUACUCCUUCUCGCAGCUGGGCAUGGCGUCCGGGAUCGUCUUCCAGCUCUUCUACGGCCUCAUGGGCAGCUGGACGGCCUACCUCAUCAGCGUCCUCUACGUCGAGUACCGCACCAGGAAGGAGCGCGAGAAGGUCGACUUCAGGAACCAUGUCAUCCAGUGGUUUGAGGUUCUGGAUGGGCUGCUGGGGAAGCACUGGAGGAACAUGGGCCUCUUCUUCAACUGCACUUUCCUCCUCUUCGGCUCCGUCAUCCAGCUCAUCGCAUGUGCAAGCAACAUCUACUACAUCAACGACAAGUAUGACAAGCGGACAUGGACGUACAUCUUCGGCGCCUGCUGCGCCACCACGGUCUUCAUCCCCUCCUUCCACAACUACCGGAUCUGGUCUUUCCUCGGCCUCCUCAUGACCACCUACACCGCAUGGUACCUCACCAUCGCCGCCAUCGUGCACGGCCAGGUGGAAGGUGUGACGCACUCGGGGCCGAGCAAGAUGGUGCUCUACUUCACUGGGGCCACCAACAUCCUCUACACCUUUGGAGGCCAUGCUGUCACAGUGGAGAUCAUGCACGCCAUGUGGAAGCCGCAGAAGUUCAAGCUCAUCUACCUGGCUGCCACGCUGUACGUGCUGACGCUGACGCUGCCGUCGGCCGCCGCCGUGUACUGGGCCUUCGGCGACGCGCUCCUGGACCACUCCAACGCCUUCUCCCUCCUCCCGCGCUCCGGCUUCCGCGACGCCGCCGUGGUCCUCAUGCUCGUCCACCAGUUCAUCACCUUCGGCUUCGCCUGCACCCCGCUCUACUUCGUCUGGGAGAAGCUCGUCGGCGUGCACGAGGCCCGGAGCGUGGCGCUCCGCGCCGCCGCGAGGCUCCCCGUCGUGCUCCCCAUCUGGUUCCUCGCCAUCAUCUUCCCCUUCUUCGGGCCCAUCAACUCCACCGUGGGCUCCCUGCUGGUGAGCUUCACCGUGUACAUCAUCCCGGCGCUGGCGCACAUGGCCACCUUCGCGCCGGCGGCCGCCAGGGAGAACGCCGUCGAGCGGCCGCCGCGGGGGCUCGGCGGCUGGCCGGGCAUGUACGCCGCCAACUGCUUUGUGGUGGCUUGGGUGCUCGUCGUCGGAUUCGGGUUCGGGGGAUGGGCCAGCACCGUCAACUUCGUCCGGCAGGUCGACACCUUCGGGCUCUUCACCAAGUGCUACCAGUGCCCACCAAAGCACUGACACGAUCUACUACUCUGACAGCAGAGAGACACAUCAAGAUUAAGCACAGCUUGUUCUUCGCCUAUUUCCAUGUCGGCACACAUGCGACGACGACAUGAUGUCUUGUCACUGUCAGACUGUCAGUACGCGUGCUGUAUGUAUGUAUGUAUGUGUGUGUGUACGGUGUACCUCUCAUGAUAUAUAUCGAUCGAAUUAGUUAUUAU